CCCGGACUUCGGUCGCGGGGCCGUCGUAUGCUGCAAUCAGAGCGAGCGCGCCGGCUGUCUUGCGGACGUGCUCGCACGCGUGCUGGAGGAGGAAAACUGGGCACAACCUUUGGUGCCACGGUCAGAUGAUGUUCUUGCGAGGCUCAAGGCGGAAAGCAAACGGGCAGCCGAAGCAAAGGCAAAGGGCGGUGGAAUGUCAAUCACUGGAAUGUUUGCCGGAGGAAACGAGGCCAAGGCAACGGAGGAACAAACAGCCGAAGCAGGUGCAAAAGCGAAUCAGAUUGAAGAAAAGAAAAACACAAUUUCAACUACGACAGAUGCAGGUGGGGAGGAGCCUCCGUAUGACGAUCCUAUUCUGGUGCAUUUUCGGGAGCAUGUCUUGGACCGAUUUUUUCAGACGAUGUUAUCAUAUCCGCCUCGAAGGCCACAGGACCCACGCUGCGAGCCGGUUAGAAUGCCCAGUAUAGGAUAUGCGGAAUCCUCAUCACCAAGCGGCGCGAGAAAACGAACAGGAGAGUUAGCAAAUGGCAGUCCGAAGUCUACAUCUCCGGGAACAAAGGAAGCGAACGGAUCAGGCCCUACCAAAUCAAAUGAGGCAGCGGCUUCAUCGUCAGAACUGUUGAUGAAUCCCCUGCUCGAUCCGGCCUACAAUCUUUUUGCAGCAGAGCAGGGGGUGGAAAUCACCGAAUGGUCGGAGGAAGGCGCUCUUGGACUGGUUGACAAUCUUUUUUCUCAGGCCUUUCCAGCGAGUGCGGACGACGCGUGGUGCACACGGCGGCACAAUCCUGCACGCUCGGACUUCGUCCGAUUCACGGUGUCGCCCGAUCGCCUGCUGACUCGGCCCCGGCCAUCGUCCGAUGACAGAGGUAAAAAGCCCGAAGAACAAACCGAGACUGCUCCGCACGGCGACGUUGCCGAUACAGUUCCGCUGCCGAAUAAGGCUUGGGUACUCAUGCUGAGCACGGGUCGUGUGUCUGCAGGUGACUUGCCUGAACGAUGCACGCUUUCGGUGUUCGAUCGUGAGAAAAAGAAAUGGGUGGACUUGCUUUCGUCUCCGGCACAUCCUACCUUCAACACACAACACUGGCUUCGCGUGCAGUCCGAAACACUCACUGCUGUGCUAGAAGCCGACCGAGAAGCAUUCGUACCAACAGAUCUGGAGUUUCGUAUAUUUCCGGACGGGGGAAUCGCUCGGAUUGCUUUGUUUGCGGAAGACACACUGCGCGAUCUUCUUUCGUGUGGUAGUACUAGCGGAACUCCUGUUGCGUGGGCCAACACAGGAUUGGACAGUGUGUCCGCGUUGGAGAAAUUUCUCCAGCCAAACGCCGCCAAGGCAAGCCUUGCGUCAGAAGAGCUGACGCGGGCCGAGCGAGUGAAGCGACGGCUGCAAGAAGAAGCGGCGCUGGAGGCCGCAGGGAAGACUUCUGCAGCGACGGCGAAAAGCAAUUCAAAGUGUGGAGGUCCUGGAAAGACCGCUGCUAACGGAGACCACUCUCCUUCUAAAGAUGGCGGCAACAGGGAUGCGAGCAGUGGUAAGCAAGAAGGAAGCAAAGCGCCAGUGAUUAGCUUUCGGGUACGAAGAGCAUACUCACGAAACCGGGGUUUUCUCGGUUUGCCGCCAGACCCGUCGGCGGAGGUGCUAGCGUUCACGCCUGCCAGUAACCCGGACGCCUUCACAGACGUGCUCGUGAACGUGGCCUCGGUGCAAUGGGGUGCGCAAGUGUUGUUUCCAACGCCGAAGAUGGUGUUGGAGCAACUGGCCCAAAGACACGCCUCCAGCCUGCCGCCGUUGAGCGAGAGCGCGAGCACGCCCGAGGCGCGAGCCGCUGGGCGCGCCUUAUCCCAGAUUCUUGAGGACGACCCGCCCAGUCGCGCACUCCAUUCCCCGACCAGUGUGUUCAGUGCUCGGUACAGCGCGCACGCGAGAGAGACGGGUCCCUUCGCUCCCCCAUCGCGGUUUCACCCUACGCUGCGUGAGCGCGGCUGCGUCCUUCCAAGGUUGCGAAGCACCGAUGCGAGCGCCAGCUCGGUGCUCAUGGUUGUCCUCGCACGCGAGUUCGAGCGCGAUAGCUUCGUCAAGGGAUCGGAGAUAGCGCGCGUUGAGCUUGACUUCAGCCUGGUACCCCACGAGACGC